GCCGCCCGGCGCGCCGCCGCCGCAGCGAUGCUCGCGUCCAACGCGAGCCUGAGCGGCUGCGCGGACUUCAACGUCUCCCUGCCCGGGGACGGGCACCCGGUGGGCGGCUCUCCGCGCUCCACCCUCACUCCGACGGGGAACGCGGUGGUGGCCGUGUGCUUGGGCUUCAUCGGCACUUUGGGACUUGUCAACAACUUGCUGGUGCUGGUGCUCUUCUUCCGCUUCAAGAUGCUGCGCUCGCCCAUCAACCUGCUCCUGGUCAACAUUUCCGUCAGCGACCUGCUGGUGUGCGUGCUGGGGACGCCGUUCAGCUUCGCCGCCAGCACGCAGGGACGCUGGCUGAUAGGAGACCGGGGCUGCGUGUGGUACGGCUUCGCCAACUCCCUCUUUGGUAUCGUGUCCCUGAUCUCUCUGGCCGUCCUCUCCUACGAGCGCUACUGCACCAUGAUGACCCCCACCGAGGCAGACUCCUCCAACUACUGUAAGAUCUCCUUGGGCAUCACCCUCUCCUGGGUCUACUCCCUCAUCUGGACCCUGCCUCCACUCUUCGGCUGGAGCCGUUACGGCCCAGAGGGGCCCGGGACCACCUGCUCCGUGGACUGGAAGGCCAAGACGGCGAAUAACGUCUCCUACAUCAUAUGUCUGUUUGUCUUCUGCCUCAUCGUGCCGCUGCUGGUGAUCGUGUUCUGCUACGGGAAGCUGCUGUGUGCCAUCAGACAGGUGAGCGGGAUCAACGCGUCGAUGAGCAGGAGACGGGAGCAGCGUGUCUUGUUCAUGGUGGUGAUCAUGGUGGUCUGCUACCUGAUGUGUUGGCUGCCUUACGGCGUCAUGGCGCUGCUCGCCACCUUCGGCUCGCCCGGCACGGUCACGCCCGAAGCCAGCAUCAUCCCCUCGGUCCUGGCCAAGACCAGCACGGUCAUCAACCCGGUCAUCUACGUCUUCAUGAACAAACAGUUCUACAGGUGUUUCCAAGCCCUAUUCAAUUGUGAGGCUCCUCGACGAGGCUCCAGUGUAAGGAGCUCCUCCAAGGUCGCUACCAAAGUGUUAAGGGGCGGCGCAUUGACUGGUCCUCGUCGUACCAACGACUUUUUGUUCAUGGUGGCCUCCCUGGGUCCGCCGGCCACUGCGGUGCCCCAACUGGACCCUACUUGUGAACCCACCCUCGAUAUCACCAAAGCCCCUUCUUCGGACAUCAGCAAACCCGUUGUACUGUCACUAGUGGCCCACUUCAAUGGCUGAUCGUUGGCUACGACCGUGGUUACGGCAUGAAAUCCUCUCACUCCCAGCCUUAAGGCAUUAAGGAGUGGCGUUUUUUUGUGGGUUUGGCACAAGUGAAGAGCUGUGGUCUGCUAGUCCAGACCGUUCAAAUGCGGAUCAACUUUGCCCGUCCACACCAGAGUGGUGCCAGAGUCAACCACUGGUCCUGAUUUCUAGGUUGCUCUGCAGACAAGAUGGGGACAUCUCUAGAAACGAGUAAGAGUGGAGCACAUCGAGAAGAUACUUCUAGAACUGUGGAAAUAAAAGAAUUCGGUCGGUUUUGUGUCAAACAAAUGUUUGGUAAGAACUUUAAAAGAAUGUUCAAAGGGAAAUGGACAGAUGAGAGAUAUUACCUAGUUUUAUACGUUAUUGUACUGUUGAAUACAAUGACUGAGAAUGUAACACUCACGAUUGUUCAAUCCUUCUCCCUGACUAGAAAUUGUCGUACCAAUGACUUUUUAUUCAUGGUGGCCUCCCUGGGUCCGCCGGCUACUGCGGUGCCCCAACUGGACCCUACUUGUGAACCCACCCUCGAUAUCACCAAAGGCCCUUCUUCGGACAUCAGCAAACCUGUUGUACUGUCACUAGUGGCCCACUUCAAUGGCUGAUUGUUGGCUACGACCGUGGUUACGGCAUGAAAUCCUCUCACUCCCAGCCUUGAGGCAUUAAGGAGUGGCGUUUUUUCUGGGUUUGGCACCGGUGAAGAGCUGUGGUCUGCUAAUCCAGACCGUUCAAAUGCGGUCGUUAUAUCAAUUUUGCCCGUCCACACCAGAGUGGUGCCAGAGUCAACCAUUGGUCUUUAUUUCUAGGUUGCUCUGCAGACAACAUUGGGGACAUCUCUAGAAACGAGUCAGAGUGGAGCACAUCGAGAAGAUACUUCUAGAACUGUGGACAUAAAAGAAUUCGAUUGGUUUUGGGUCAAACAAAUGUUUGGCAAGAACUUUAAAAGAAUGUUCAAAGGGAAAUGGACAGAUGAGAGAUAUUACCUAGUUUUAUACGUUAUUGUACUGUUGAAUACAAUGACUGAGAAUGUAACACUCACGAUUGUUCAAUCCUUCUCCUCCCUGACUAGAAAUUGUCGUACUAAUGACUUUCUAUUCAUGGUGGCCUCCCUGGGUCCGCCGGCCACUGCGGUGCCCCAACUGGACCCUACUUGUGAACCCACCCUUGAUAUCACCAAAGCCCCUUCUUCGGACAUCAACAAACCCGUUGUACUGUCACUAGUGGCCCACUUCGAUGGCUGAUCGUUGGCUACGACCGUGGUUACGACAUGAAAUCCUCUCACUCCCAGCCUUGAGGCAUUAAGGAGUGGCGUUUUUUCUGGGUUUGGCACCGGUGAAGAGCUGUGGUCUGCUCGUCCAGACCGUUCAAAUGCGGUUGUUAGAUCAAUUUUGCCCAUCCACACCAGAGUGGUGCCAGAGUCAACCAUUGGUCUUGAUUUCUAGGUUGCUCUGCAGACAACAUUGGGGACAUCUCUAGAAACGAUUAAGAAUGUUUGGUAAGAACUUUAAAAGAAUGUUCGAAGGGAAAUGGACGGACGAGAGAUAGUACCUACUUUUAUACGUUAUUGUACUGUUGAAUACAAUGACUGAGAAUGUAACACUCACGAUUGUUCAAUCCUUCUCCUCCCUGACUAGAAAUUGUCUCGAAUUGAUCACUUGACACUUUAAAAUUUGUAAAAUGAUUACGGGGGUUUGUUGUGCAUGUAGCACUGCUGGCAUGUGAUCGGCAUUCAAAGGUUAGUGAGUUAAAGAUGCAUGGUGAAGAGUUACUGUAUAGUUUCGUCAAUGGUGUGCAUGUGCACUGUAUGACUACAGCUUCCUAGUUCGGUUGGUUGGACGAAUUCCAAAAGAAGAAUUGUGUCCUGCUCCCCCUAAAAAGACAAGAAUCCCCUUUUUGGAGUGGUCUUGACAUAGUUACUGCAUGUACAUGGAAUGUAAACAUGCAAAAAAUGUUUCUGGUCAAACCCAAACCUCAGGGUCUCUUCUUUAUAAACUGUUGUGUGACCAAGUCGUCCGUGGAAGUGUUGCCUAUGAGCACGUGGGCAGGUUCCACAUGCUUCCAAACAACAUGUUUACAACCGUCUUUUAAUAUUUGCUAACAACGCCAUGGAACUUGUCUGUACUCUUGCUACAAAAAUCUGACCGUCUGGAUUCUUUGAAGCAUUCAGAUUGUCCUGAAGGACAAAUAUAACUGUGAAGUUGUGGAAACGCCGAACAUCGGUAUUGUGUCAAGCUGUCAGUGUUGUGGCAAUCAAGCUACUGCUAAAAACAUCGGUCAUUCAUUCCAAAAACCAGUUUUGUUGUGUUUUUCAGGAUUACUCUCCUGGUUUUUCUCUGCUUUGAAGAUCCUGUACCAUACCAAUGUACAAGUUCAUAUGUUGAUACCAAAGCUAUUGAAAUGUGGAUAUUUUUUGAGAAUUGAUGUCUUAAUAAAGGUUUUUAUC